AUGAAGCUCCAAGAGAUAAUUGUUAUUGCCACAGCAGGCGUCAGCGCCGCUGAUGUUAUUGCAAACACAAAGUAUGGUCCUAUGCGCGGUGUCCAAGUUCACGAUGCCGUCAACGCCUUCCUCGGCGUGCGUUACGCCCAGCCGCCUCUUGGUGAUUUGCGAUUCCAGCCGCCCCAGCCAUUGCAAAACUACGGCAAAGAAGGUGGAUAUGAAGCAUCAUCACCGAUUAAAGCAACGAGCCUCGGUCCCUCGUGCCACCAGUUCAUGUACGAUCUGCCCUUGGGUAGUGCCUUCAAGCCAAGCACCGCAGAGUCGGAAGACUGCUUGACACUGAACAUCUAUGUUCCAAAAGGGGCAAACUACAACAAGCCAAUGCCGGUAUACGUUUGGUCUCCCGGUGGUGCGUAUGGCGAGGGUUCUAGUAGCGUGCCUGUAUACAAUCCCACUGGUUUUGUUGCUGAGAACAAAGACAUCAUCGUCGUCACUUGGAACUACCGCCUUAACAUCUUUGGUUUCCCCAACUCUCCUGCCCUGGAAGCCCAAAACCUUGGCCUUCGCGACCAACGCUUCGCGCUAGAAUGGAUCCGUGACAAUAUUCGUGACUUCGGCGGCGACCCGAGUCGAAUCGUUCUCGGCGGUCAGUCUGCCGGUGCGGUCUCUGUCGACGCAAUGAUGUACUCGCACCCUCGCGAUCCCAUCGUUUCCGGUCUUAUACUGCAGAGCGGGACAGUGCAGAUGGCACAGCAAAUGCUAAACCGGCCGCUGAGCGACGUGGACUCUGAGUUCGUGCGUGUGGCUAAGAAAGUAGGCUGUGCGAACGAUGACCGCAAGGCAGAGCUGGAGUGUAUGCGAAAAGUAGAUGCCCAGAAGCUAAAGAACGCAAUCUCAAGUUCCAAAUUGAACAAGAUUGGAUCUCCGUACGGGGGGAUGCCCAUGGUGGAUAAUAAGAUUCUGUUCACAAGGGAAGAGUAUGAAAGGCGAGGAAACGCGGGCGAGUUCGCGUUGGUGCCAACUCUUUUGGGCACGACAAAGGACGAGGGCGACUCCGUCGUCAGUUGGAAUGCCAACGGCAUCAACAAGACACUCUCUGACCUUAUCACCGAGAACUUCUUUGAUUGCAAUGUUGCCCUUGAGUCUAGAUUCCGCGCUCUAAACAAGGUUCCUGUCUGGCGAUAUCUCUACAAGGGAGUCUUCCCCGAAGUCACACUUCAUCCAUGGAUGAGAGCCUAUCACGCAGCUGACGUUCCCCUGCUCAUGGGCACAUACAAUCUCUUGGGCGCAAACCGCACAAUCGCAAGUGACACGACGACAAGGGAAGCUUCCAAAUUCUUACAGGACUUUUUCGGCGCGUUCAUCCGCAGCCCAGCUUGCGGCCUCUGGGACAAGUUCCGACUGUCCGAGUUCCGCCCUAACACGGCCACGCUCAUCGAACUUUUCCCUGAGAACAAGCCAACUCUGGCCCAAGUCAUGGAUAAAGAAAAUUCGGCCUGUUUACAGCCGGCGUCUAUCAUGUGGGACCAGUUGUAA